GGGGGGGGGGGGCGCCGGCGGGAGCUCCUUCUUCUUCUCCUUCUUGUUCUAGUGCCGUGCACCGUUCGGUGCUGCUGGGAAGCAACGCGGCCGCGGCGCCGAGCGACUGGGUCGACCGGGUGCGGAAGUUGCCGACCAUCGCGUCGUCGCCGCGUGCGUCCAGCCCAAGCGUCGUCCAACGCAUGGGCGGCAACGGCGGCGGUAACGGUGGUGACGUUCGAUCCCCUUCGCCGCGGCAAGAAGGCAACAACAUCACGAGCCCUCGCUUUAUGGGCAUGCUGCAUCCGGGGCCGAUGCCGACGGCCGCUCCGAAUGUGGGCGUCAAGUACAUGUCGGAGCCGUGCGACAACCUUGCGCUUCUGUCCACGGUCGCGGCGCCGGGGGCUUACAACAAUCCCCCCCGACGAGCGUCGUACGAGGACAGGAGCGGGGUGGAGAGGCAGGCGGCUGUCCGCCAGCGGAUCGCGGCGCAGCCAAGUGGGGGGGGCGCCGCGGACCGUGACGGGGGUGAUGACCUGCCCCCACCGGCGAACCCGGGCCUCACCACCGGCAUGUCUUUCGACCCGAACAGGGAUGACGGCACCUUCCAGUUCACGCUCGGAUCGUUGUAGGACGUCUGUUUUAUCCUUGAGGUGUUGUCGUGUUUCUUGUGGAGUCCUCUUUUGCGGCGGGUUGUCUCAUCUUGUUGCGUGAAGAGCACGAUUUCUGCAUGGCGAAGUUCAAUUGGUUGAUGUUUCUGUAGUGCUACGUUCGGUGUGCUGGGGGGAGGGGGAGGGCUAUUAGUUGUGAGAGGUCUUCGUUUGUUUCGCGCUCGAAAGCUUGGACGUCUACAUGCCGCGGCUUCGGUGGUAGCGGCGACGAAGCACCGAGUAGAAGCGCCUGUGUGAUGCACAUACGAGUGCGAGUGUACGCGCGCGUAUGUUUUGUUUGCUGACUUUCGUGCAACAGCCGGUCACUUCGCAGCCCGCGAACGCGGCUCUUGCCGGCUUGGUUGCUAGGGCCACACGAUUGUGCUUUGGGAGAGCUGUCACUGCAAUCUCGAUGCGUCGUUGGCAUACACACAAGCUGAGAAGGGGCACCGCAUGAUCAUUGGUUAGGCACAAAUGUGAAGCGAUGACAAUGUUUACUUCGUGAAGCAACGUCUGCCCCUGCGCGCAGGCUGCAUGGGUUCGGGUCGGGGUGUGCAAAGACCGCAAAACCUUUAUAGUCCUGAGCGUGUACGACACUGUGUUUUGGUUGUAUGCAUAUGUGCCCCCCUCUCUUAGCCCCUUUUGUUUUGGACAUGGAUGCGUUUUUUUUCUUUUCGUGCGUGAGCUCCGGCCGGGCGUUUCAUGAUGUACUGAACGAGAAGCGUUUCUGCGUGGGUAGAAGGCGGUGAGUAUCAUGCCACUCAUUGUAUUGCAUGGGAGCCAGCGUGUGUCGAUAAGCCCUUGUGGUGGACUGUAUCAAGACGAUGGCGCCGGCCGUCGUAACAUGAUCGGGAAAUAUGUUGGCGUGGUGGGUGAAACAGGGGGCGGCUGUAAGUGUGAUUUGUCCAUUGUACCUUGUGAAUCGUGUCUUCUCUUUCUCUUCUUGCAAUGUACUCUGUGCUAACGCAUUCUUUUUUGCACCUGCGCGAUUAACUGCGUUGCGUGCCCUGGGUAUUCCGUGAAACAUUUAGGUUGCAGGCCUGUGAUUGCCCGUAUAUCCACCUGGUUACAUGUGUGAAUUUCGGUUCGGUGGUCGGUGUCUGCACAAUCGGCAGUGCCAUGUGGUGUCCACGCGGGCGGCGGAAAGUAGUUAUACCCUUGUCUCUUGCGCUCAUCAUCUUGUACCGUUGUUUUUGGUGUGUUGGUCGUUUCUUGAUAGAGAGUUUUGAAUUAGUUGGUUGGAUGUAUACAUGUACGUCGAAACAAGUUAUGCAUACGAUGCUGCGGGCGAAGUUUAUUAAUUAAUAUUGAAAAUGUUUUGAUGCUUGGCUUAUCGGGUCUUUCUCAAGUUGUUCAGAAUUAGAGUAAACACUCUUAAGAAGGCGUGCCUGUUCUCGAUCGAUUGUAUCCUAAAGCAAGAUAGGU